AUGCGCGCAUCUCGACUUUGGAGGCUGCUGCCCUCCGAACCCCGGAGGGCCCGACAAUCUGGGCAGCCACCCACGCCCUCCAGUGUCCCACUUCCCUGCUCCACUGGUUGUGCGACUCUUAGAAAAUGUAUUAACUCUGAUGCAGAUUUGCAGAGUCAGCCUCUCCUCACAACAGAGUGGUCUGAGUCUUUGUACACAGGGUCCUGGGCUUCCUCACCCGUGCCUCCUGCUAACGGGCACUUGUGUGUGUCCAGCCCUGGGGUCCCUUCAGCGACGCUCUGCGUGCACAGGUUUAUAGGCUUGUAUGACUGA